AUGAAAGUUAUCAAUAUAAACCUUGAUUCAAUUAUUGGUAAACAUUUCUCACAAUUGAUUCGUACAAUAACAUCAAUACAUUUAAUUGAAUCAAUUGAUUAUUUAAAUAAUGAAAAUAAUUCUUCAUCAUAUUCAAAUUUAUUAAAUACACAAGCUGAUAGUACAAAGAAUAUUUUAGUAAAUAUUGAUGAAAGUGAAGAUGAUGAAAAAAUAAAACGAUUAGAAUAUGAACAUUUAAUAUUAGGACAAAAAAUUGACACAUUAAAACGAUCUCAAACAUCUUAUGAAACAUUAUAA